AUGUCUCGAACCAGGUUCCAAAUAUUGCGAAAAUAUUUACAUUUUAAUGAUAAUUCUCAACUUAUCCCAAGAAAUCAAGAUGGAUAUGAUAAAUGUUUUAAAAUUAGGCCAUUUAUUAAAGAGAUUCAAAAUAAUAUGCAAAAAUUAGAGAUGGAGGAAAGAGUAUGUAUUGAUGAAUUAAUCAUCCCGUUCAAAGGGCGGAGUUCCUUAAAACAAUAUAUAAAAUCGAAGCCUCACAAAUGGGGUAACAAAAUUUUUGCAUUAGCUGGAUCCUCCGGUAUUGUAUAUGAUUUUGAGAUUUAUGCGGGAAAGCAAACUAAUCCAACACCCUCAGAAUUAGGGAUAAGUGGUGAUAUAGUCCUCCAAUUGGCUAAAAAUAUCCCGAAAUUUCAAAAUCAUAAACUCUUUUGCGAUAAUUAUUUUUCUUCAAUAGCAUUGGCUAAAAAAUUAAAAGAAAAAGGUAUAUUUAUGGUAAAGACUAUUAGAAGUAAUCGUUUGAAAGAUUGCAAGUUAAAAUGCGAUAAAGACUUAAAAAAAGAAGGUCGUGGGAGCUAUGUAUAUAAAGUUGAUAAAAAAGAAAAUAUAAUAAUUGUCAAAUGGUAUAACAAUAAAUUUGUGCACAUCAUCUCAACAUUUGUCGGUGUUCAUCCGGUAGUAAAUGUAAAAAGAUGGUCACUGAGUAACAAGGAAUAUAUUGAAGUUCCAAGACCAAAUGUAUUAAAAAUAUAUAAUGAAGGUAUGGGAGGAGUCGAUUUACACAAUAUGCUUGUUGAAUGCUAUAGAGUAGAUAUCAAAGGAAAAAGAUUCUACUUAAGAAUUAUUUUUCAUCUCCUAGAUAUGUGUGUAGUAAAUUCAUGGCUUUUGUAUAAACGGCAAAUAUGCCAUGAAAAGGAGAAUAAAAUCAUGAAACUUAUACAAUUUAAAACACAUAUUGUUAAAGCAUUGUUAUCGGCAGGAAAAACUAGUAAAAGAAAAUCAGGGAGGCCUUUAAAUAAACCGAUUAAAAAAAAAAUUUCUUCUAAUGGCUCCUAUAUCUGA